GUCAAUAAGCAUGGGCCGGGUCCUUCAAGGAGGACACGUAGGCGUGCAGCACUGCAAAACACAUUGGUGGGUAGGAGACGUCCUACAGGUACGAGAAUACAAGAUCAUGAGGGUCAACCGCCAGCUCCUCAUAUUGAAGUGACAACACCAGUUGUGGGGUUGGCAAGCCCCGCAUCUUUGCCAACGACACAGGAGAUUGUCAAGGAGUUGUUCAAUAAAAUGAAGGAUGAGGGUUACAUAAUGCCUAUGCCUGUAAAUGGGGCAGGUGCCACAGCACCAACAGUCCUUCCACCAGCUAACUACAGUACACAAGUACUCCCUGCAGUGGCACAAAGAAUCACUAUUCCAGCUGCAGCAUCUGGAUCUCCGACAGUUCAAGCCUCUGAUAUCACAAACAUUGUUCCACAGGCUAACAGUGGACUUUCUAUGCCAUCAGUGCACACAAUCCAACAACCGGAACAUUUAUCAAAUAUGAACAUUACUGCGCCAUUAGCAAAUGUUGUGUCAAAUUUGACGGGUGAGACAAACCUUAUGCAUCCUACUGUUCACAGCAUCUCCCGACCUCUCGGUAUGCAUGUUGAUACCAAAAUUAAAAUGAAAAUUCUAGCCGAUGAGUUCAUUGAUUUUGGGCUACUUAUUCAAAAGUCAGCAGACACAGAAAAUUUUAAAAUUCAGUUACAUGGCACGGAAUUGGCCAUUGUUCCAAAACAAAAAUCAUUUUCUAUCAGAAACAUUGAGCAGUGGUUGUCUGCCUUUCAUGUCUUUGUAGCCAUUUACGUACAAACUCAUCCACAGGCUAUUUCAUCUCUUAUGAAAUAUGCUGACAUUGUUCAAACGCUACACAGGAGGUCGGGAAUUGCUGCAGCACUGAACUAUGAUGGUAAUUUUCGACAAUGGCAUCAGUUUUAUCCCCAUGCUUCAUGGGGUGACAUGCACUCUGAAUUUUAUUUAGAGGCGACAGCCAUUGGUCUCAGAAAUGCAGCCCGUAACCAACCAGUGGUUCAACAGCCCUUUCCCCAGAAAUCGGCCAACAACUUCCCAAAAGGAAUUUGUUGGUCGUUCAACAAAGUUGGAUCAUGCAGGCGGGAACCCGCUGCAAGUUUCCCCAUACCUGCUCCAACUGUGGAGGAGCCCAUUCCUCCCGACAGUGCAAGUCACAAUCCUCACCUAACAACCCUGACUCCACCUCAAAAGGUGGAGGCAAUGGCCAGUCAGCUACCAGCCAAGGCCAACGCCCCCAAAACAAACAAAACAAAUAAUAAACUUCCAACCCCUAUUAAGGUACAAGUUUUGCUGCCUUUCUUAGAGGGUUACCCGAGGGAUGCUUUUCAAUUUUUGUAUGAGGGUUUCACCAAUGGUUUUACUCUCAAAUAUCGGGGGCCACGUAUAUUUAGGCUUUCAAAAAAUCUAAAAUCUGCCCUUGAUAACCCCACUGCUUUGAAACAAAAAAUUGACAAAGAAAUCCAAUUAGGUCGAAUUCAAGGUCCAUUUCUUGCACCACCUUUCCCAAAUUUGCAGGUAUCCCCUUUAGGCCUUGUACCAAAAAAGGAACCCAAUGAGUUUCGUGUUAUUCAUCAUCUUUCCUACCCGGAGGGAGCAUCUGUAAAUGAUGGGAUAAAUCCGGAGGAGGCCACUGUGGCUUAUCAGACUAUCGAUGAUGCUAUAAACCUUAUCAAACAGUUCGGAAAGGGGGCCUUUAUGGCAAAAACAGACAUUGAGUCUGCUUUUCGUCUUAUCCCAAUUCAUCCUAAGGAUUACAACUUAUUAGGUUUUCAGAUAGAUGACAAAUUUUACUUUGAUAAAGUGUUACCAAUGGGAUGCUCUAUCUCAUGUCGCUUGUUUGAGGCAUUUAGCUCUGCUUUACAUUGGAUAAUGGAAACAAAGUUUAAGGCUGCAGGGGUGGUUCAUAUUUUAGAUGACUUUUUAUUUGUAGCACCACCUGGUACCUCUAAAUGUCAGGAAGAUCUGGACAACUUCCUAGAAUUUUGUCGGUGCACACACAUCCCCAAUAAAGACAGCAAAACAGUUCUCCCCUGUACCCUCCUAACUUUUUUAGGCAUAGAACUAGAUAGUUCCAAAAUGGAAGCAAGACUCCCUAUGGACACAAUCGUGAAAGCACGCCAGUUAUUAGAACAGUUCUCGCGUCGCAAGAAAGUAACUUUACGGGAAUUACAAUCCUUGAUUGGUUUACUUAAUUUCGCUUGUAAGGUGAUAUCUCCUGGUCGUACUUUUUUACGACGUCUUAUAAACUUGACAUGUGGUCUUCAGAAACCACACCAUCACAUACGUUUAUCACGGGAAGCAAAAGCUGACCUGGCAGCAUGGCAAGUUUUCCUUGAAUCAUUCAAUGGAAUUUCCAUGUUUCUUUCUGAUAGAUGGGUUACUACAAACCAACUCCAUUUCUUUACUGAUGCCAGUAACUUAGGAUUCGGAGCCAUUUUCCACACAUCUUGGCUGUUUGGCUCCUGGCCCAUGUCUUUCAUACCAUAUCAUAUCACAGUUAAAGAAUUUUUUGCCAUUGUGCUGGCGAUCGAAAUUUGGGGUCCUUCUCUGUGCAAUAGGUGUUUGGUCUUGCAUUGUGACAACAUGGCAGUUGUUGAUAUCAUCAACAAGCAAACAUGUAAAGAUCCAACCUUGAUGGUGUUGACCCGGCGUUUUGUCAUUGCUUCAUUACGUCAUAACAUUCUAUUUUCAGCACGCCAUAUACCUGGAAAAAAUAAUGUUCUUGCUGACCAUCUGUCUCGGUUACAGGUGGACUUGUUUCGGCAGCAAGCACAAUAUAUGGAUCGGCAUCCAACGCCAAUUCCAGACCACCUGCUGAGAAUCUGAACAAGUCCCUGAUAGACCUUUUGUUGUCUGCUACAGCCCCACAAACAAGACGGACUUACCUUAGGGCGUAUCAGAUGUUCCAGCAGUUCCUAAGUUGCACUUAUCCAACCAUUUCCAUUAUACCUACUAAUGUGGGUACGUUAGCCUAUUUCAUAACUCAUAUUCAUCAAACUGGUUUAGCUGCUUCAACAAUUUCAACUUAUAUUGCAGCCAUUGCCUACCUGAAUAAAUUGGCAGGUUUCCCUGAUCCGUCACAGUCGUUCAUCAUUAAAAAGCUGCUAGUGUCGGUACAACGAACUUCUUCUCGUGCCGAUAGUCGUCUACCUAUUACUCCUGUCAUUUUGGCAAAAUUAGUAGACUCAUUACCAAGUGUUUGUCAGUCAGCAUAUCAGAUCUGCUUGAUUAGAGCUAUGUACCUUUUGGCAUUCCAUGCAUUCUUACGUGUAGGGGAGAUGGCUCUAAAUAAGUCUGCGUCGCAUGUUCUUCAGUUUCACGAUGCUACCCUUUCACAUGAUUCCAAUGGCUGUCCCUCCAAACUUGAGCUCACUUUUCGCUCUUUCAAGGGGCAUUACAAUAUCCGGCCCAUUACAUUAUCACUACAAUGUAAACCUGCUAAGCCUGCCACCUGCCCCGUCUUGGCCCUCCACCAAUAUUUACUUCUCCGUGGCUCUUUAGCAGGGCCACUUUUUUGCUUUCCCAAUGGCAUACCAAUUACAUAUUCUUACUUCAACAGUUGCUUACAGAGUUCUCUGGCCUGGGCAGGGUUAGCUCACCUGCCUUAUACUAGUCAUAGUUUCAGGAUAGGUGCAGCAAGCCAUGCAGCAGCCAGUGGUGUGGCCGAUGAUGAAAUACAACAGAUGGGCAGGUGGCACUCUUUAGCCUUUAAAAGGUACAUAAGGAUGCCAACUUUUUAUGAUAUAUGACUUUUUGAGAUUGUGAUACCAUCUACUGGGCAUUGGGUCGAGUAGUUGGUCCUCUACAUCAGUUGGUUUUUACUUUAUUCAUUGUGUCUUAUAGACAUAGAAAUAGUUAUUUCAUAAUUUGUUGCUCUGAACCUCCUGCUGGGCAUAGGGUCGAGUAGUUGGUUUUAAAGCAAAUAGUGGGUUUUAAGAACCUGUUUAAGUAUACCUUUACCUUAUCAUAGUUAUAUUAUGACAUCCUUAAUGUUUUACGUUUGUAUGACAUUACUUUGUAAUUUUUUAAUUUUUCGGCCUUCAGACUAUCUUCUGGGCAUAGGGUCGAGAAGUUGGUCUCAAGACCAAUGAUUUUGUAAUUUUCUAUCAACUUCUGGAGAAGAUAAGACUAAAACUUAUGUAGGUUUUAUAAAACUUUUACAUGUAUUAGUUUUUUGAUAUGUUUUAUGUACCACGUGUAUUAAAAGUGAUAACAAUGUUCUUUAAAAACUCUGUAGGCAGUAAAUAACAUUGUACCAGUUACAACGGCCAUAUAAACUGGAGUUUAUACACUUCAACAUCAUCUCUUGUUUUUGAUACAUGUUUUUGCCUUGAAAACGGCUUGUUUUUUGCAUGAAUUUUCCUUGGUUGCCGUAAGAAUUGGGUUACUGUAGAUAAGUUUUAACGACCAAAUGUUAUGGACACCUUUCAUCUUUUUCUUCAUUUUGCAUUUGCUUUCCACCAUGGCUACGGAUGGGGGAUGAUUCCUGUGACACUGCACAUAAUCUCGAGGUUUCAAUUGUUUGUGUACAGUAAUCAUUGUGGCGGGAUUGGAUCCCCAUCUAAGACUUUUGUGUCAAUACUGAUUAAUUAACAACCGUCGUUUACUAUAAUAAACGGCCAUAUUCAAAUCAGAUCUGUUGUCCGAGUUUUAUUAUUAGUCUUACAAGCUUGCCAUGGUGGAUGCCCUGUAUAAAUACAAAUUAAAACUUGUUUUAAUGCAAUUUAUGCAGGCAGAACUCUGUAUAGGAUUCAUGUUUUUAUUUAGAAACUUUACAGUAAUUAUUGAAAGAGGCAGUAAAGGGAGGAGUGAGAUGGUCAAGCUCAUCACUUUGCGCAUUAAUUUUUUGCUAAAUUUAGAACGCUAUAAAAGCGCAUGACGUAGCUGCCUUCACUCAGAGGCUGAAGAUCCAAGAUGGCAGAACAAGGUGCGUAAUACGGUCAAGGUCAAUUUUGAUCUGUUUAAGUUAUCUGCCUAUUUUGAUCUUCUAUUUCUAGACCAUAUUUUUAACAAAGGUUUUGCCCACCUCCAUCCCCUUUCUUGCCUCCUUUUAUGAUUGAUAUGUAUAUAAUACUAAAAGUGUGUAUAUUUAUUGUUUUUUGUCUAUAUACAAAGUUUGAAUGGUAUAAUUACAGUUAUUGUUCUUAUAACUUUUUUAUUGAUGUUAUUAAACUGAUACGAGUUACUUUACUACAUUUAGAUGUACAAUUUGUAAGUUUUGUAUUUUCUAUAUAAGAUGUAGGUAUUAUUUUCAGUAAGAGGUAUAACUUUUGUUAAUUCUACCAUAUGUUCUGUAUAUAAUGUCCGAUGUAGGACAUAUGAUUUAGUUUCUAAGAUGGAUACCCAAGUUUAUGUCUUGAAAUUGAUUACAAUGUAUGUUAUGUUCAUGAGAUGGCGGGAUUGGAUCCCCAUCUAAGACUUUUGUGUCAAUACUGAUUAAUUAACAACCGUCGUUUACUAUAAUAAACGGCCAUAUUCAAAUCAGA